GCCAAUACUUUAGCUGUCUUGUGAAUAAAUUUUCUGACUUUUCGGUGGCCCUUGAUCCAAAAGAGACGUCUGGUGAAGAGAUUUAUAUUGGAGAUCAGAAGAGUGAUAGAUUAGGGAUUCAGUUCGAAGAUUUUAAGGGUUUUACUUUCUCUCUUCUCCCUAUCAUCAGGGUUCAUCCGAUUUUUUGGGAGGAGAAAUUCAGCAAAUGGCGACCAAUGGCCAUCAAACCACCACGAAGCCGCCGCCUACGCCUUCCCCUCUUCGCAAUUCCAAGUUUUGUCAGUCCAAUAUGAGGAUAUUGGUCACCGGAGGAGCAGGAUUCAUCGGCUCUCACCUCGUCGACAGAUUGAUGCAGAACGAGAAGAACGAGGUAAUCGUCGCCGAUAAUUACUUCACGGGAUCGAAGGACAAUCUAAGGAAGUGGAUAGAUCAUCCGAGAUUUGAGCUCAUCCGUCAUGAUGUGACUGAGCCUUUGUUGGUGGAGGUGGAUCAGAUUUACCAUCUCGCAUGCCCUGCUUCUCCCAUCUUCUACAAGCACAACCCUGUCAAGACGAUCAAAACGAACGUGAUCGGUACCCUGAACAUGCUAGGGCUUGCCAAACGUGUCGGAGCCAGGAUUUUGCUUACUUCAACAUCUGAGGUGUAUGGAGAUCCUCUCGUUCACCCUCAACCGGAGAGUUACUGGGGAAAUGUAAACCCUAUCGGGGUUAGAAGCUGCUACGACGAGGGAAAGCGUGUGGCCGAGACUCUGAUGUUUGAUUACCACAGGCAGCAUGGGAUUGAGAUACGCAUAGCUAGGAUCUUCAACACAUACGGUCCUCGCAUGAACAUUGAUGAUGGCCGUGUCGUGAGCAACUUCAUUGCUCAAGCUCUCAGGGGUGAGCCUCUGACUGUUCAGAAACCCGGCACUCAAACCCGCAGUUUCUGUUAUGUCUCAGACAUGGUGGAGGGUCUGAUCCGUCUCAUGGAAGGAGAACACACUGGCCCUAUCAACAUCGGCAACCCAGGCGAAUUCACCAUGAUUGAACUUGCUGAGAAUGUGAAAGAGCUAAUAAACCCGGAAGUGGAGGUAAAGAUGGUGGAGAACACACCUGAUGAUCCGAGGCAGAGGAAGCCCGACAUCACCAACGCCAAAACGUUGUUGGGUUGGGAACCGAAGGUCAAGCUGAGAGACGGGCUGCCUCUCAUGGAGGAAGAUUUUCGCCUGAGGCUGGGCGUUCAGAAGAAGAACUGAGUCUCCCGGCUCGAAGAUUGAGCAAAGCUCGAACCAAUCUACUCCAUGGAUUACAUCGAACUUGCGCUAUCCUUUUUCUUGCAUUUUCUGAGUUAUAGGAAAUAAGUGCUAGAAACGACCAAAACAUUGAGAAACAUCAAAGCAUUUACUUCCAUUGCAUUUGAGUUUAAUUCCAAGGCGAAUCUUUGAGCCAUGGCCCAUGGCUUCGUUCUUGGCCUAUGUACCUUUUGGAUUUUGCAGUGAUAUACUUCAUAUGAUCGAUGAACA